AUGCGCCGGAAAGGGGGCGGCCGCUGGCAGGACGAGGCCGCGGACUCCGGAGCCGAGACGGCCGGGUGAGUGAGUCCCCUCCCCGGCGCCGGGGGCUUCUGGUGCCCGGUCCCUUUCCCUCGACAAGGAUGCCCAUCUGCUUCAGACGGUGAUGGGGAUCCCCCUGGACGGGCGCUGAAGAAGCAGCAUCGAAACCCAAGCGCAACAAGCCCUUAAAUAUAGGGAAACCCCACAGGUGAUCAGCCCCACUCCGGAUUCGCUCCUGGUGCGUUUUGGCGCCUCGUCUCGUCCCAUCCCUCCCCAAACCUCAAAUAACGGAGUGGGAAGGGACCGCCGGGGUCAUGUAGUCCAAGCCUCUCCCAAACCGCAGAUCAUAGAAUCAUGUAGUUGUAAAGGGACCAUUGAGGGUCAAUCUAGUCCACCCCCCUUGCCCAACUUGAGACUCGAACUCAGGACUCUGAGAUGAAGAAGCUCAGGCUCUACCGACGGAGCCAUUCGACUCGCACAAAUCUUAAGCUUCUGGUUUGAUCCCCAAAGUAAUGGGGCUUGUGAGCUGUGAUUGAGGGAUUUGUGCAUUCUUGCGUGGGGUGGGGGGGUGUAGGAAAUCUUAGGAAAAGAAAGUAAAUUAAUCGAACGUCGAAAGUUUAAUGUUGCCUGCCUUUCCAGCUAAGCUCUUCUUCAGGGAAACUUUGACAAAUGUUUGAUCCUUUAAAAAAAAGUGAACGUGUUCAAAUAGAGGUGAGGAUUUUGCCUCAAACAUGACGCCUCUCUGCAGGCUUUGUUAUAAUCAGUGCACAACCAUUUUCCUUGCAGAACAGUUUCAGUGGCAGUAGUGAUAUUGAAAAAAUAACCAAAAAUUUGGGUACCUUUUAUAUGUGGGUAUAUAUAAUGUUCUAAAAGGGCUGAGGAGAGAAAGAUCUUAUAUCAUUACAAGUACCCUGUUGUUAAUAAACUGCCCAUAUGGGGCAUAAAAAGCUUUGGUGAGUAGGAACUUGGGAGCAGGAUCCAGGCAGCUGCAGAAAUCGUAGUCUGGCAAUCAGAAUGGGCAUGUUUAAGGUACAUGCACCCUGCAAUCCAGAAAUGCAAUGGAAUUCAAGUGUCUCCCAAUUUUAGGGCCGUUUCAUAUUUUAUCUUGGGUGCAUUUGUUCAUUACGACCACAUUACAAUGUGUUCAGUGAUCAUUGUGUAUGUGCACACAUCCCUGUCUACAUACUCGCACCAGUGUGUGUGCUUGGGCACAUAUAUACAUGUGUGUAAGGGAUGUGUCUGCAUAUGGUCUGGGGCAUGCAGUAUGUUCUAAUGUUUUGUGUAUGGUCAAGCAGGGGAAUAUUUCUGUGCUACAGGUGAAACUCGGAAAAUUAGAAUAUCGUGGAAAAGUUCAUUUAUUUCAGUAAUUCAACUUAAAAGGUGAAACUAAUAUAUGAGAUAGACUCAUGACAUGCAAAGUGAGUUAUCUCAAGCCUUUAUUUGUUAUAAUUGUGUGCAGCUGAUGAAAGCCCCAAAUUAACAAUCUCAGAAAAUUAGAAUAUUAAAUGAAAUCAGCAAAACAAAGACUGCAAAUAGAGCAAUAUUGGACCUCUGAGAAGUAGAAGCAUGCAUAUGUACUCAGUGCUUGGUUUGGGCCCCUUUUGCAUCAAUUCCUGCCUCAAUACGGCGUGGCAUGGAUGCUAUCAGCCUGUGACACUGCUGAGGUGUUAUGGAAGACCAGGAAGCUUCAAUAGCAGCCUUCAGCUCUUCUGCAUUGCUCGGUCUCAUGUCUCUCAUCUUUCUCUUGGCAAUGCCCCAUAGAUUCUCUAUGGGGUUCAGGUCAGGCGAGUUUGCUGGCCAAUCAAGCACAGUAAUCCCAUGGGCACUGAACCUCCAUGAUCAUCACAAUUAUAACAAAUAGAGGCUUGACAUGUCUCGCUUUGCAUGUCAUGAGUCUUUCUCAUAUAUUAGUUUCACCUUUUAAGUUGAAUUAACAAAAUAAAUGAACUUUUCCACGAUAUUCUAAUUUUCCAAGUUUCACCUGUACGUGUAACCUGUCCCACAAUUUUCAUUUUCAACCAAGAUGGUUCAUAAUCAUCUUAUGAACCAAAGAAGCAGACUGUUCAUGUAGCAUGUAAUAGUCAAAACAUAUUUUUGCAGCAAGAUGUAUCUUUCGGGGGGGGCAGGAUGGGGGAGCUGUAAGGCUUCAUCCAUGCAGAAAAUUGUGAUUUACACCAUUAGAGUAGGAGCUUGUAAUUGGAAUUCCACUCAUACAUGCAGUCCAAAAUAGAGCCCCCAACCAACUUAUUUCAAGGAAGUUAAAGACCUUGCUUCCGCAUGGACCAUACUGUACUAUCUGCUGUUUUCUGCUAUUUUAAAACUGCAUUUAUAUCCUGCCUUUCUCCAAAGAACUUGUGGCAUCAUACGUGGUUCUCUCCCUAACCUCCUGAGGACUUGCAACAACCCUGUGAGAUUCAGCAGGCUGAGAGAUGGGGACUGGUCCAAAGCCACCUUCAUAGCUGAGUGGGGAUUUGAACCGGGUCUCCCGGGGGCUAGCUUGACACUCUAACCAUAAUGAAAUAACCUAAGUCCCCAUUGUUCGCCAGCCCUACUGAAUUUAACAUUUUUUUAUUUUUUUUUACUGCAGGUCGGAAUACAGCUGUGUGUCAUCUUCCAGCAGUGAGUAUAAUUUUGUUCUUCUGUUAAGGUAAAGGUAAAGGGACCCCUGACCAUUAGGUCCAGUCGUGGCCAACUCUGGGGUUGUGGCGCUUAUCUCGCUUUACUGGCCGAGGGAGCCGGCAUACAGCUUCCAGGUCAUGUGGCCAGCAUGACUAAGCCGCUUCUGGCAAACCAGAGCAGCGCACGGAAAUGCCAUUUACCUUCCCACUGGAGCGAUACCUAUUUAUCUACUUGCACUUUGACAUGCUUUCGAACUGCUAGGUUGGCAGGAGCUGGGACCGAGCAAUGGGAGCUCACCCCGUUGCGGGGAUUCGAACCGCCGGCCUUCUGAUCGGCAAGUCCUAGGCUCUGUGGUUUAGGUACAUCGGGCUACAGACGCUUCAGGUUACAGGCGCUUCAGGUUCAUAGCUGUCAACCUUCCCUUUUUUUUGCGGGAAAUUCCCUUAUUUCAGCACCGUUUCCUGCUGCUAUCCUGGAUUGUUAGAUAUCCUGUAGACUGUCCCUGGGACAGGUGAGGCUGCUGAUCCCUUAUUUUCAAAUCCGAAAGUUGACAGCUGUGUUCAGGUUACAGUCUCCGCUAACCCAGGAAUAGUACCUCAGGUUAAGAACUUUGCUUCAGGAUGAGAACAGAAAUCGCGCGGCGGUGGCGCAGUGGCAGCGGGAGGCCCCAUUAGCUACAGUGGUGCUUCAUGUUAAGAACAGUUUCAGGUUAAGAACGGGCCUCCAGAACGAAUUAAGUACUUAACCCAAGGUACCACUGUAUGUGGGUGGGGAGCCUCUACUGAACUAGAUGGAGGAAGAAAGAUUUUCUGAAAAGGGAGGAACAUUCACUAAUAGGAAGGGGCUCUAGGCUACAAUCCUGUGCAUCCUUACCUGGGAGUAUUGAAGUAACAGGGGCUUACUUCAUGUACUUACUUCAAGUAAACAUGUAUAGGCUAGUAAGUGCAUGCCUUUGCAUAGUCAAGAAGUUCAGUCCAGUUUGGACAAGCCAGGACUUUCGUUGCUGGUGGUAGAUGCAGGUCGACCGUUCACUGAGAUGUGUGUGGCACUUAAUGAUGACAGUCAGACACAGACUGGGGAUGGACCCAAACUGUGUGGUACAUGUGUUGCAGCCAUGGUGGCACAGAGGCAUGUAUCUUCUCCAUCCCAGCUCAAUCUCAGAAGCUACUCAGUAGGUGGGUAUUUAGUUUUGGAAAGAAAAUUACACUGCCUAACUUGGGGGUAGCCAAAAGGUUGCUCCCCAAAUGUCAUUGGACCACAACUCCCAUCAUCCUGAAGAUUGGCCAUGCUGGCUGUGACUGAUGGGAGUUAGAGUACAACAAUAUCUGGCUGCCCCCUGGUAACCUAUCCAGUGUGGAGUGUGUGCCCUAUUGUUGGAGACUGUUGUGGCUGGUGAAAAGGCCACCCAUUAUGGAGAGGACUUUCUAGUGGGAAAUCUAUGGCACUCCAGCUCCCAUCAGCCCUAGCCAGCAUGGCCAAUGGUCAGGGAUGAUGGGAAGUGUAGUCCAACACUCUUCCAGCCGACAGCAGAAUGAAUUGGGUGAAUUCAUCCAAGGCUGAACCCGAGGUUCCAUCAGGAAGGCUCUGGAACGGUGAAAAGUGAUUAGUCUGACACAACCGACAGAGCAAACUUUGUUUCCUGUCUUUUGACUGUCCUAGAGAUGCCUAUUUUCAGGGCUAGCAUGUUGAGAAGACUCCGUUGUCCUGGCAGAUAAUUGCUGCUUGAGAUUACAGGUCCAUAUUGCAUAAGCUCUCUUUGUGUGGUAGAGCAGUUAAAUUGCUCUGCUUUGAUUUGUGGAUCAGUUAUUAGGGAUUGUGUUGUUUCUGCACUUGAGGUUGCUGAGAAUAGUUUGACCAUUACUGCCUACACGGUAGUGUCUUCUUCUGUGUCUUAAACAUUGGACAUCACCCUAGUUUUUAAGAGGAGCUGACACACACACACACAGCAGCGAGACAGAAGACUAGCUCACCCGCCUCUAGACAUAUUAGGCUGAAAAUGAGUACGCAUUAUGGGGAAGUUUUGGUUUCUUUCCAUACCAGAGCCCAUUAGCACAGUGGAGGCUCUGCUCUUCUGCAGUCAACUGGAAGCAAAAUUAAAAUUGUGUUUCUGGAAAGGUUGCCCCAAAGGGAAUGCGUGCCUCAGGCUAACCAAGGCUUCCCACCCUGUUAUGUAAUAAUGGAGUGAAAUAUUUAUCUCAGUUCCAGAGAAAACAGCUAGUGUGGAAACGACAUGGCAGCAAAUAAAUCAACACACCUACUUGUCAUUGUUGCUGUAAAGUACUUUCCUUUAUAACCUUCCCAGAUAAUGAGAGAGUGCACUGGCGAACUCAGGCUGUGCCCAAGGCUUUUUGCGAUGACAGUUACCAGUUUGCACAUUCUUUGCUUCAGCUGUACUUGGGUGCUGCUAGUGUGACCAUGGUUUCAGGAUUUGUGUUAUUUGUUGUUGUUUAGUCGUUUAGUCGUGUCCGACUCUUCGUGACCCCAUGGACCAGAGCACGCCAGGCACUCCUGUCUUCCACUGCCUCCCGCAGUUUGCUUAAACUCAUGUUGGUAGCUUCAAGAACACUGUCCCACCAUCUCGUCCUCUGUCGUCCCCUUCUCCUUGUGCCCUCCAUCUUUCUCAACAUCGGGGUCUUUUCCAGGGAGUCUUCUCUUCUCAUGAGGUGGCCAAAGUACUGGAGCCUCAGCUUCAGGAUAUGUCCUUCCAGUGACCUCUCAGGUCACUGAUUUCCUUAAGAAUGGAUAGGUUUGAUCUUCUUGCAGUCCGUGGGACUCUCAAGAGUCUCCUCCAGCACCAUAAUUCAAAAGCAUCAAUUCUUCGGCGAUCAGCCUUCUUUAUGGUCCAGCUCUCACUUCCAUACAUCACUACUGGGAAAACCAUAGCUUUAACUAUACGGACUUUUGUUGGCAAGGUGAUGUCUCUGCUUUUUUGUGUUAUUAGAGGUUCUGAAAUGUUCUUUUUCCUGAUACUAAUUUCAGUUGAUAGUGCCAAUAAAGGCAGAAGGUUGCUUGGAGGCAUCCGCUCUGCUCUGCUCUGCCUCCACAGUUGCUGGAAACUGCAGGAAGAGAAAAUGCUGUUGUGCAUCUAGUUGGCCACUUUGAGAACAAGAUGCUCGACUACAUGGGCCAUUCAUUGGCUGAAUCUAGUGGCGGAGGAACCCUCUCCAGCACCUGAGGUGGGAUACCACAUAAGCGGCAUACCGUACGGCGUGCGCAUGUGCGGCAUCCCAUACAGAUUGAGCAUGCACAGCAGCCCGUACAGUCGCCGUGUGAGAGGCAGCCUGUACGGACACCCGUAUGGACGGCACACGAGAGGAGCAGCCCUUAUGGGCGCCGCAUGAGCGCGCCCUUGGCUGCUCUACAGCUGGGGGGAGGCAGGGGCCAUCUUGUCACACACACACCCCCGAGAGGCACCCAGGGCGUCCCGCCCCCAACUUCAUACGCUCCUGGCUGGAUCCACAGGUUCUCCUUAUGUUCGUUUGGGUAAGCGCUUGUGAGCUAGAGCAAUAUUUAUUGUAGCUAAUGAAAACUAGGCAGAAGAAGCUGGAUCGUCUGUUGCCUGUACCUUAUAAGAAGUGUAGGCAGCAAUAAUGCCUCAAGUCUGUGAUUGUUUGGACCCAGUGCUAGGAAUUAGCGAGGCGUGUUUUGCGAGUGGUGUGGGUCCAGUUGCGACCACAUGGAGAUCUCUGGAUGCCACGUUGACGACUGGGGAAAGCAAAAUGUCACUUAGAGAAGGGCUGGAUCUAGACACAUCAAAGAAGCGUUUCAGUUAAACGCGUCGUAAACUUUGUAUGAGAAAUUGAGUUGGCAAAAACAGAACUUCACAGCGCCAUCUGAUGUCACAGUGCUUUAAUGCAUAUACAAUGUGUAUAAAGCACUUUUUCUUUGCCAAUGUUGGUGAGUCCAAGGAUCUGAAAUAAUUUCCUUGAAGACUGAAUUUGUUUUAUUCUGGAUUGCAAUGUGUUGUAAAAUGCUUUGAGUCCCCCCCCCCUAUAAAGUGGUAUAGAAAUGAAAUUAGUAGUAGUAGUAGUAGUAGUAGUAGUAAUAAUAAUAAUAAUAAUAAUAAUAAUAAUAAUAAUAAAUCCCAUUGCAAAAAAAUAACCAAAGCAACACCAAGGCAUUCCAUUAUGGCGACUGCAACCUAGGUUUAAGGUGCCAUUUGGCAAUUAGAUUCUAUAUCUGCGUUUCUAACACAGUUUGGAUCUACUUACUGAAUAGAGAGAGUGCUGUUGUGCUCAGAUUCUCCACUGUGAGAAGAGGACGUUGGACUAGGAGUUGGGCUGGGAGUUGCAGCUCUGUGCAGGCCUUACUUUCAGCACCCUUAACAAACUACAGUUCCCAGGAUUCUUUGGGGGAAGCCAUGAUGGUUAACUGUGGCACAAGUGUUCUCUAAGUGUAUGGUGUAGAGGUGACCUUAGUCUUCAUCUGAAUUUAUUUGCACAUUUCUACUUUGAGGGAUGCUUUCAGUGUCUUGUGAGUUUCUAAGCUUCUCAUUCCCUGCCGCCACAUUGUAAAUGGUUGUGACAUCUGUCAAAGUGGUUACACCUCCGGGAGUGAAGCACAAAAGGAUCAUCUCACUCGCGGCUUCUCUACUGACCUACAUGCAGGGAGUUGGGCUGCUAGAUAUACUGUAGUUUAAGUUGGUUUCCAGUUUAACUUCAAAGUCCAUGCCAAAUUUAGAGCUUUUGCUGUUUUCUUCUUCUUCAGUCUGUUAGCUGGAGGGUUAAAAGUGUCGGUUCACAUUGAAAGAGAUUUGCAAAAUCACUGCGAGCUAUUUUAAUUAUACUGACUGAAGUGAUACAUUUUUGCUUCGCAUCAAAGGCAGAACCGCUGGUCAUCUGUGUGUGGCAGGCAGAUGUAUGAUCUGAAGUGACAUUGCCCAUGUUUGCGUAAAAGAGGACAACUUGUUGGCUAUUCUUUGCCUGUUCGGCAGUCUGGCAUCGUACCACCUUCUUGAGACUUUUGGCAGGAUAUCACAAAUGGUUCCUCCUCUGCAAUGCCUAGAUGGGUGGACUAGCCUUCUUUCCUCCUUUCCCAACUUAUUUCUUGCUCCAUCUAUCCAAUUCUGUGCUCUAUCUCCUCCUUAGUCUUCCUGAGCAUUGAAGAGGAGUUCACCUCAGAUUCUGAAGCCUGCUGGGCAGCAGCUCCUGAUGUAGGCUUCAGAAUUAAUGAGAUGGAACUGAGCAGCAAGAACACACACCAGCUUAAAAUGAAGAGAAGUUCUCCCCUUGCGUGCAGCCAGUCCUUUAUUAUGUUACUGAAUUUGGGGUUUGAGGCUAUUUCAGUUAGCGGCACAGGGAAAUCUGUCUAGGAUGUUGUUUACUCCAUCAGGAAUAUUGUUUACUUGGGCACCAUUGGACCAGACACACUUCAACCCUGAGAGCCUAGUGGUCCAGAUAUGUCUUGGAACAGGAUUGGCAGUUAUGGGUUAUCUGACGUAUGCAGAUUUAUGAUGGAGACAUGGACUGAAUUCUCUGUUUGGGACCCAAACCUGUGGCAAGUAUGACCCAAUACAGAUUCCAAGGGGUUGUAUUCAAAGACUGGGAGCGGCUGCUGAGACCAUAUAACACCGGUCUUGAAAGACCUACACUGGCUCCCAGUACGUUUCCGAGCACCAUUCAAAGUGUUGGUGCUGACCUUUAAAGCCCUAAAUGGCCUCAGUCCUGUAUACCUGAAGGAGCAUCUCCACCUCCAUCGUUCUGCCCGGACACUGCGGUCCAGCGCCGAGGGCCUUCUGGCGGUUCCCUCGCUGCGAGAAGCCAAGUUACAGGGAACCAGGCAGAGGGCCUUCUCGGUGGUGGCACCCGCCCUGUGGAAUGCCCUCCCACCAGAUGUCAAAGAGAAAAAUAACUACCAAACUUUUAGAAAACAUCUGAAGGCAGCCCUGUUUAGAGAAGCUUUUAAUGUUUAAUAGGUUAUUGUAUUUUGGUGUUUUGUUGGAAGCCGCCCAGAGUGGCUGGGGAAACCCAGCCAGAUGGGCGGGGUAUAAAUAAUAAAUUAUUAUUAUUAUUAUUAUUAUUAUUAUUAUUAUUAUUGCUAUGCAGGAGUGAAAUGACUUCUUGCACAAUGGGAUUCCCCCUCCACACACCCUAACUCUGUUAUGGGGGUUCCCCAACCCUUUGGAGCAGAUUUGGGGACAGUGUGGGGCGUGUGCAAGGGGAAGAAAUGGUGGGGGGAGUCCUAUUGCACAAGUGGAAGUUCUUCCAUUUGCUCAUUUAGUUACUUGAAAACCACACCUUUUUAGAAAACUGAAUGUAAACCGUUGCAAACCAAACCAGAAUGACUGUGAUUUCCCCUUCCUCCAUUCAGGUGAACUUUCUGUGGAGGAUGUGCAGGAUCCUUUCCUGCUUAGCAUGCACCUAAUUGCAGACCCAGGAGACUCUGGUGUCCUCCAGCAAGCCAUCGAUAGCCUAUUGGCAUGGAUCCACCCAGAUCUCCAACUCUUCCGCGUUUCGGAAAGGAGGAAAGCAAGGAAGCCCGACAAGGCCACAGUCUCCCAGCCAGCUCUUGCAGUAAUCCUCUUUCUGAAGGAAGAAUAUGAUGAGGAGCCGAUCCUGCAACUUCACGAGUCCUUUCAAAGGCCACCCUGGCAUUACCACCACACGGAACAGGUGCACGGCAACUUCCUCCCUUACAUGCCAGGCAGCCAGGACUUUUUCACCUUGGCCCAAGGCACUCCUCUGUGGGCCAUACGGCCAGUGCAUUAUGGGAAGGAAAUAAUACGCUUCACCAUCUACUGCAGGAAUGAAAAAUUUGCCAGCGUUAUGAAGCUCUACGAACUCAUUCUGAGAAGACGGGUUUGUCAGAAAAAGGCAGGCUUUUGUGUGUUCCCUGUCUAUUCCAAUGUGGAUAUUGAUAUUCAGUUGUCUUUAAAGAGGCUUCCCAAAGGCCAUGUGCCAAGUCCCACAGAGUCAGCGCUGCUGGAAUUCCGAGUCAAAGAUAUUGAGCAGCUGAUGUCUCUCUUGCCUAAUCCUUGCAGCCGGAUCAGCGAAGGCAGGUGGCAAACGGAAGAUCCUGAUGGGAACAAGAUCCUCCUGCAGGUAUUUCUUAGCACCCCUAAAUCUCCAUGUGGCAUUUGGGAAUGCAGAUUUUAAGUUGCCAUGCAUGGGGUGGGGGGUGGGAAUCAGAAUGUGUUUGAACGAUACGCAGCAUAAUUGUGUGUAAAGUUUCCUUGGAAAUAAGUACUAUUAAGUUCCAUCAGAAAAGUCCCUACUUUUGUUUCCAAACUGAAAUGUGCUGCCUGCAUAUUGUCCGUAUAAUAAAUACCGUAUUUUUUGCUCUAUAAGACUCACCUUUUCCCUCCUAAAAAGUAAGGGGAAAUAUGUGUGCAUCUUAUGGAGCGAAUGCAGGCUGCGCAGCUAUCCCAGAAGCCAGAACAGCAAGAGGGAUUGCUGCUUUCACUGCACAGCGAUCCCUCUUGCUGUUCUGGCUUCUGAGAUUCAGAAUAUUUUUUUUCUUGUUUCCCCCCCAAAACUAGGUGCAUCUUGUGGUCUGGUGCGUCUUAUAAAGCGAAAAAUACGGUGAUUACUAUGGUCUAGUGAGCUCCCUGUAACACCAGUAUGAAUUGUUUCAUACUAAUCACCAUCCAUUGACAAAGACCUCUGGUCUUUUGGUGUGGACUGGGGUGAUGGUGUUAACACACCAGAGGGUGAGUAAAGUUUACUGUCCCGUAGCACAAUUCACAUGUAUUUCUCUAGUUUGAAAGAUCCAUCGCUUCCAAUUCUAAACUUUCCCUUUGAACCUUAUGGACUGCAGAAAGUAGAAGCCUUGUAUAAACAGAAAGAACCUUGUCACCUCUUUUCCAUGUUAGUUUGUUCCUGGGCUGACUCUGUAUAAUUUUCCACAAUCUGUCAGAUUUUUUUACUGUGCAUGAUGGAGGAAUUCAAAAACAGCAAGAAGCCAAAGGCCUAGUUCACAUGUAAACCAUGGCUGAGUGUGAAUGUGGGUAGUGAGUACAAAAAUCACAGCCACUUUGCUCAUCCCCUGGUCCUGGUUCUGCUGGCUUGCUACCCGGAGCUAAGCCAUAGUGUGGCUUAGAGUUACAUGUGAACCUUGACAAACCACAAACCCAAGUUCAGAUGUAGCGCUAAACCAAACCGUGGCUGAUCUUUGUGUCUUGGAACAGCAGGACUGAGGAAGGAGGGAAAUGGCUGCAACUUUUGCCAUGAAUACACACGUGCUCAUAUGUCCACGCUUAACCAUGGUUUCCUUGAGAUUAGAGGGGCUAAAGGUUGUUUUAUACAAAGAUCUUUCAGCUGUGUUACAGGAACAAUAACUACAUUUGAUUUGAUUAGUCAACAGGCAACACUCUUAGGAUGAUAUUGGCAAAGUACUUUCAAAGGACGAAGAAUAUAGAAUAGGUGUGUUCUUGGCUGCAGGUUGUGGUUAGACAGGAGAUUGUGUAGUCAUGAAUCCAGGUUUAGUUAACACGCUAAGCCAAACCGUGGUUUAGCUCAGCCUGGGAGCAAAAGCAAAGUGCUGUAAGCUGUUCUUGAGAGAGCGCAGUUGGUAAAGCAUGGAACUCUGAAUUUCUGGGUUGUGGGUUCUAGAUUAUCCUUGGGAUCCCUUCCAACUCUCUAAUCCUAUGAUUCUAUUUUUGCAUGGUCCUGGUAAGCCAUAGUUUGUCUUACCAUGCUAGGCGAACCAAGCUGUUGUGGAAAUGAUUCCUAAAAGCAGAAAGUUGAAAAUUAUUUACUAUCAGUUUCUCAGGCACUCUUUACAUACAAGUUGUAAUAAGGUGCUUAACUUUGGAAACAAUUAGUUCAGCAGCAGAUUCUUUUUUUACCGUUUAAUCAGGCAACCUGUGGAACUUUAUGGAAGUACCUGAGUCUGGUAUAAAACAUAGCAGGAUAGCAUCAUUUUAUUCUAAGACCUCUGUGCAUUUAGUAGGAAUAAUGGGAAACUUUGGGAAAUCGGUGCAAGAUUUUUGAAGGAUGUGGUUAUGUUUACUUUUAGAGAAUGGUAUAGUUGCUAGGUUUUGCGUCAUCUAGACAACAGUGCAAUCAGAAUAAAAUGGUGCGACGUCUGGGAACUGUGCUGCUCUGUUUAAGACAGAAACAGUUCUUUAUUGCCUUGCUGAUAUAAGUGUAUCAGUUUGUACAUAGCGCUUUUGUUACUUAGAACUGCAGACUCCAGUUGAGUCCAUGUUCCUUGUGCUCUUUGCUUCUGACUCAUUCUGCAGAAAACAAGCAGUUCUCUGUCAGCACUAAUGAAUCAUAGAAUCAUAGAGUUGGAAGAGACUACAAGGGCCAUCGAGUCCAACCCCCUGCCAAGCAGGAAACACCAUCAGAGCACUCCUGACAUAUGGUUGUCAAGCCUCUGCUUAAAGACCUCCAAAGAAGGAGACUCCACCACACUCCUUGGCAGCAAAUUCCACUGUUGAACAGCUCUUACUGUCAGGAAGUUCUUCCUAAUGUUUAGGUGGAAUCUUCUUUCUUGUAGUUUGGAUCCAUUGCUCCGUGUCCGCUUCUCUGGAUCAGCAGAAAACAACCUUUCUCCCUCCUCUAUGUGACAUCCUUUUAUAUAUUUGAACAUGGCUAUCAUAUCACCCCUUAAUCUCCUCUUCUCCAGGCUAAACAUGCCCAGCUCCCUUAGCCGUUGCUCAUAAGGCAUCGUUUCCAGGCCUUUGACCAUUUUGGUUGCCCUCCUCUGGACACGUUCCAGUUUGUCAGUGUCCUUCUUGAACUGUGGCGCCCAGAACUGGACACAGUACUCCAGGUGAGGUCUGACCAGAGCAGAAUACAGUGGCACUACUACUUCCCUUGAUCUAAUGGCCCUGCAGAAACCAAAAAUAUAAAGGAGAAAGAAAAGGCAACAACGCAGUAAUGGUUCUUUUCCUUAAACCAGCUGGAGGAUUUUAUCCCUGGAGAGGGUAGUUCUCCAAAGCGGGGAAUAAGAUUUCUCCACUAUGCUUGUUAUUUAUAAGCUAGUUAUUUCGAUGCCACCAUUUAAGAAAGAAGAAAAGGCUUGGGCUUUGUAUAUUAGCAGUGUUAAUCUGUUGUAGGAUACAAGUUCUGAUUCUGCAGUGCAAUCCAAUGCAUGCCUACUCAGAAGCAAUUAACAUUUAAUUCAACAAGACUUACUCCAAGGUAAACGGUAGCCUUCAUCAACUUGGUACACUUCUGAUAUUUUCCACUACAUCUCCCCUAAGCUCCAGGCACCCCAGCCAAUUACUGUUACUGAUUAAUGCAACCAGUGGCCAUUUAACAUGUAGUAGAUAAUUCAGCUCUGGAAAUAAAUGUUUGUUGUUAAUGUGGCCUCCUCCCUUUUCAUCCCUCUUCUUCACAGCAGGCCCGGUAUAGGAAGUGUGGUAAGCUGAACAAGUUUUGCUCGCCAUCUCCUGCAAGGCACCUUCCCGUUACACCGCUUCGAAGUUUUCUUCCCCAAAGCAGCAGAUGGACUCCCAACAAAGCCAGUGAUCCUUCAAAACCAGUUUAUUCCAUUGCGUUUCACCAUGCCAGUCUGUGCCUUGGCGUUUCCCAGCAGGACUUGAGAAAUCACAACCAAGCACUUUCCGCCGGAAGACCUGGUGGAGCCUCUGCCGACUCAUUUCAGCGAAGCAAGUCUCUUGCUUGCUUGCCCACAAUGCGCUCUUCGCUGGUCCCCAAAUCUUUUCAUUUUAGCGAGCCAAAUUCCUUAAGCACUUUCUCUUCUGGGCACAGGACAAGAAGCAGAGUCAACAUUGAUGACUUGGAAGGAGUUCAGGAGACUGAUGUGGACACAGGGAUGAAACUUGCCUUCGCUGAUCUAUCUGUGGUCUCGGCUUAUUCAGUUUCAGAUGGGUUCAGUAGUGACGUGGAAGCAAAGACUAAGCAUCCUGUACAAGGGCAAAGUGUCAAGAGAUUUAAGGAGCCCGGCUCUCGAGGAAGAUCGCCAUCAGCCAAGUGUAACAUCUAUGAAUUAUCUUCCAGCUCGCUUCCUUUUCCUUUUGAUUGGUUUUCCAGCUCUUCAGAGUCACAUUCAGGUUCCCCAUCAGCUGGUUCCUUUGAGAUAAAACGUUUGCCAAGAGAAACCGUUUUCCCUUUUGCUGACAGCAGAACAACUGGUGGUGGGAAAAGCAAUGAAGAAGAAUUCUACAUCUGA